AUGACUCUUAAAAGAGGAAGAUGUGAUAGAAUACAACAUAGGAUCCCUGCCCUAAAAUUGUGUGAGGGUCAAAGAAUUUUUGGCAGGGAGAAAGAAGUUCUGAAACAGAUACCCAAUGGAGAGGCCAUGGGAGCUUCCAAAGACAUAAAGAAAGUCAGCAGAGUAACCCAGGUUAUAAAUAAUGGGGGUAACACAUUGUCUGAGAGGAAGGAAAUGAGUUUUGUGAAGGCAGAGACCAUGGGAGGAAAUAUUUCUUUUCCCAGCUCCAGCACAAGGCCUGGCACACAGCGAGUAAGCAGUGCUUGA